AUGGACUUCGCCUCCAUCCUCGCCCGCGAAAUCUCAAAAAAACGCAAAACCCCCCCCACCACCACCACCACCGACUCCCCCUCAUCCCCCGCCCCCCCCCCCCCACAAAAAAAAUACCUAAAACGCUCCGAAGUCGAAUCGCAGCGCCGCGCCGCCUACGAAGCGCAGCAAUCCGCCCUCGAAACCCACCGCGCCGCCAAAGCCGCGCAAAAGCGCGCCGCCGAAGAAGCCGAGUUCCAGCGCCGCGAAGCCACAAAGGCAAAAGCCAAAGCGCUCGCCGACGCCCGCCGCGCCAAAGCCGACGAGGAGAAGGCCAAGAACGCCCCCGCGGUCGAGGAGCCGCCGGAGGAGGCACAGGAAAUGACGGACGAGGACGCGGUGGCCGCACUUCGGGAGCUUGGGGAGCCGGCGAGGGUGUUUGGCGAGAGUGCUGCCGGGCGGGUGCGGCGGCUGAAGCGGUGUCUUGCGGCUGCGGAGGCGCGGAGGGUUGCCUCUGCGCCUGCGCUCACGGCGGAGGAGAUGGUGCUGGAUAUGAAGGAUGUGGGGGUGGAUGAUGCAAAGGUGUACCGGCAGCUGAGCGGGUGGUUUGCGCUUGUGCUGCGGGAGUGGGAGCUGGCUUUGGAAGCGCGGCCCGAGGCGGUCAAGGAGAGUUUCCAGGGUAAGGCCGCGGCAAGGAGUAUGCAGCAGGCGAAGCUGUAUAUGGGCCCGCUGUUUGUGCAUUUUGGGAAUCGGGAUCUGAAGAAGGAGUUGUAUACGAAGAUUUGUGAGAUUGUGGUGGAGGCGCAGGCGAGGAGGUAUGUCAAGGCGAAUGAUCUGUACUUGAGGCUGAGUAUUGGAAAUGCUGCCUGGCCGAUCGGUGUCACCAUGGUGGGUAUCCACGAGCGUUCGGCGCGCGAGAAGCUGCAUGAGAAGGGCAUGGCCGCGCAUAUCAUGAGCGACGAGGUCACGCGGAAGUUCCUGCAGAGCAUCAAGCGGUGCCUGUCCUUCUGCCAGACGCGGUGGAUCCCCGAGGAUCCGCUGCAGAUGAUGGGGUAG